AUGGAUGUUUAUAAUUCUGAAAGUAUAUGUACAUUAGAGCAUAGAAAAUCAUUCAUUUGUUUAACUUGUAAUAUUCUUUUGUGUUCACAAUGUGUUGUCAAUCAUUAUAAUCACGACAGUCAAGAUGUUGAAACAUUAAAAUCAAAUCUCACUCUCUCAUCCACUUCAUCAAAUAUAAGUACAAUUCAUAAUAAUAAUAAUAAUAAUUUUAAAAUAAAUAAUCAAAUUGAAUCGAUAUGGAAUCAACUUAAAGAUAAUACAACACAAUACAAUCGAUUCGAAUUAAGAUCGAAUGAAAUAUCAUCACACUUUCAAACACUUCAUGAAUAUCUUGUCGUUGAAGAACGUCGCUUACAGAAACCAAUAGUAGAACGAAUCGAUCAAAUAAAACAAUCAAUACAAUCACAAAUCGUUCAAUUGAAAUCAUUAGUUAAUAUUGUAAACUAUACUGUCAAUUCAAAUAGUAAUAAAGAUGGUGGUGGUGUUGAUCAUUCCAUGUCAGAUGAAAACAGCCAAACAUCAGAUGAUGAAACAGAUACAACUGAUAGAUAUCAAUUGGAAACAUUGAUAAAAUCAAUAACUAUUUCAAAUUCAUUGGAGCAAUUCAUUAAACUUCAUAGAAAUACAUUGUUCUAUCAUCAACAAGAUGAACAACACCAACUGCCAACCGAUACUAAGCUAUUAGAUUUAAUUCAUGAAUAUCUCAAACAUCAAUAUCAAGUAGAACAACAGAAACAUCAACAACUUGAUCAACAACCACAAAAUGAUAUCAUUGACUUUGAGAUAUUUAUCAAUAAAUUUAAGAAUACUCAAAUGAAGGGUGUUGUUCGUGAUACGAUUGUGAUGCAUCCGAGGCUAUUGGACAACAAACAUCUUAAGAGAACAAUGAUACUAAGCAGCGCUACCUCUAGCGAUAACAAAACUUCAUUGUCGCUGUUUGAUAUCACUGUUCCAUGGACAUUGACAUCACCAGACAACGAACAAACUCUAAUCGAAUCAAAGGAAGUAGACAUUACGUUGAGGCGUACAUACAAUUCCAUGGUUAGAGUGAACGAUCUUAUCUAUAUCUUUGCAUCGCCACCAUGGAAACCAGAGAAUAGAUUAUUUAUCUACUCGAUUCAAACCAAAUCAAUUGUGGAAACAAUCGAUGUUGAUAAGAAAUACGGUGGUGGCGGUGUAUCUGUUUGCUUUGAUGGUGACGACUAUAUCUACAUGAUGGUUGGCUGCUACGGUAGAUCUGCAGAUUUCAACAGAAAGAUCAAUCGCUUCAGAGUGUCUACCAGAGAGUUCGAGGAGUGUUUCACACUACCAGAGUUGUCAUACAAUCAUAUACUCUCGUUCUUCUACGAAGGAAUGUUGUAUUCACUGACAAUACAUCAUCAGUCACUCUACAUUUUCGAUCCGAAGGCAAAGACGUUGUCAUUCUUUACUGACAAGAAUCUAGCAUAUCCUUAUGCAGCCUGUACCGACGGCAAUGAGAUAAACACGAUAGAAUAUCAAAUUAGAAAUGAAAUAGUUACACUCUCACAUUCCAAUUCGAUAUCUGAAAUACAAACAUUACAUCACUCAAUAAAAUCAGGUCUAGAUAAUUUAAAUCAACAAAUAAAAAAAGCGUCACAAAAGAUUAUAGAAAAGAAUAAAUCUGCAAAACUGAAACAAUAUGAAAAGGAAUUAGCAAUACAUAAAGAGGAAUAUCAAAAUUUAACAUCAUUACAAAGAAAACUAAACCUUCAAGCAACAAAGAAUUUACAAGAGAAAUAUAAAAAUGAAAGAAAAGAAUUGCUAUCAGGUAGCUCAAAUAUAACUCAUCAAUCAAGAUUAAAUAAAAAUUCAUCAAAUGAAGAGAUCAUAAAGAAAUCAGUUAAUAUAACAGAGACAAUGAAGAGAACACGUAAUAUAUUGAAUUCACAGGUGAUUAGAAGUUCAGGUUUGUUGGAUGAAAUCGAUGAAUCGUCAAAGGUCAUCGAGAAAACAUUGGUACAACAGAAGGAGUACUCACAGAGAACCUCAGAGUCAAAGUCACUGAUGACAAAACUAAAGCGCAGAGACAUGACCGAUCGAUUCCUCAUCUUGUUUGGAUUCGUUGUAUUUCUGCUAGUGGUACUCUACAUUAUAAAGUCACGUGUUGGUAGCUGGCGUAUCUUUGGUAUCUUUAGUGGCUUGAUACCGACUUCCAUCUCACCAUUCUCAACACCCGACGUUGAUUCAACAGCAGCAGCAACACUCACAGCGUCAACAUCAUCAACAACAUCAACACAAACCACAAAUAUUUAA